AUGAUCACUUUAACAAAAACGAAUGCUAAAGAACGUUGCCGAACAUGUUUGCGGAAGUUAAUAAAAAACGAAUAUGAAGAUACUACCGCCGCCGCAGCCUCUGUAGUCGAUGAUAGUGACAAAAAUAAUUUCAUUUCUAUCAAUACGAGUAAUGAAAUUCGUGAGCUAUUGGAUAAAUAUGUGGGUAUCGAAGGUUCGGAGGAGGAGGCAUGUCACGAUCAAGAAUACCCAGUUAAUGUGUGCAUUGAAUGUGUCAAACAAUUGCAAUCGUUCGAAGCGUUUCGUCAACGGGCUCUGGAUAGUGCGGAUAAAUUGUAUAGGGUAUUUUGUGGUAAAUCCGAUGGUGUGCAGCAUAAAAUCGAAUUGGACGAUGAUGGAGUGGAGAGUAAGGACGUUGUUCGGGAGCAGCUGCAGAAGGGAGGAAAUGGUACUAAUGAUGUCUUCAAUUUGUUGCUUAAAGACUCCCUUAUGGAAACUGAGGCCAUUUUACUCGAAGGCAAUGGAACUGAUAAUGUAGCCAAUAGUUUAGAUCCCGAUCCAUUUCAAACAGAUGUGGGGGAGAAUAAACGAAGAUGUCGGAAAGGAAAGUCAAAUACUUCGCCACAAAAGCUCAACAAUAAUCAAUCAGUUAAGCCUACUCGUAGAUCGAAAAGAGGCAAAGAUGGAGAAACGAAUGAAAUAACAACAACAGCACCCGAAGAAGAAAUGAAUACACUAGUCAUCAUCUCUACAAACCCAGAAACAAAAUCCGAAACCCUAAAUAAUUUGCCCAAUUCUGAUGAUGAAAAGAAUUCAGUUAAUGGGGAUGAUGAUGUACACGAUUGGCCUUUAGAUUUCCAUGUGGAAUACAGUGAUACUAGUAGCACUGACAAUGAAGUGUUAAGUAAAAGAAUACAAAGAUUGCGCAAAGAAAACACUCGAAAGAAGAAAAUUAUGAAGAAGGCAACAAAAGUUUCGAGAAAUGAUAAUGACUCCGACUUGUUUGUUGGAGGAGGAGGAGAUUCCAAGGAAAAUGAGGAAGAAAAUAAAAUCACCGAUUUUAAUAACGAUGAACACAGCAAUGGUCUAUCAUCAGAAUCAGAGUUUGAAGUGGGACUGCAGGAGAAAUCGAAAAAAUCGACAUUGGGGUCGACUAAAAAACGUUCAGCUGCUAGUGGUCGCAAAAAAGGUUUGACCAACAGUUACAAAUGUGAACAGUGCAAUCGUAGAUUUGGCCAUAAAAUAACACUGGAUGCCCACGUCCGCAAGAUUCAUCAGGGCGAGAAGAGAGCAUACAAAUGUGAAUUGUGUGACAAGUCGUAUUCUUUCAUGGGUGGCCUUACAACACAUAUGCGUGAGACCCACGAACGCCAAGAGGAGUCAUACGAAUGCAAAAUACCCGGCUGUGAAAAGAAGUACACCAGCUACAUCACCCUACAGCGUCAUGUACGUGUCAAACAUCUAAAGAACGAAGUACCCACACGCUAUGUUUGCGAACAGUGUGGAGCGACAUUUAAACAAACCUCAAAUUUACGCUAUCACAUGCGUACACGCCAUCCGACCGAGGACGAUUUGAAAUUGAAGGAAAUCAUAAAGGAACGUCUCGAGUGUGAGAUCUGUAAGAAAUUCUUCAACUCCCAAUACACCCUGAAAUAUCACAAACUGCGCAUACAUGCCGAUGACAAGAAAUAUGAAUGUAAAAUAUGUGGCCGUCGUGUGGCCAAACAAUUUAUGUUGGAUCAACAUAUGCUGGUACAUUCCGAAGAUAAGACCGCCUGUAAAUUUUGUGGCCGGGAAUUUGUGCGAAAAUAUCAAGUGGAAGCCCACAUCAAGGCAGUACAUCAAAAAUUGAAACCUUUCCAGUGUUCGCAUUGCAGUGAAAGUUUUGCUUCGCGUAAAACUUUACGGCAUCACAUCUACAUUCAUACGGGUGAGAAGCCGUAUGUCUGUGAUAUCUGUGGCCAGGCAUAUCGUCAGCCGACAUGUUUGAAAAAUCAUCGUAAAAUCCAUAAUAAAUCGGCGGCGAGUGCGAGUGGAGGUGGUGCGAAUGGUAGCAGUAGCAAUAACAACAACAAUAGUAUCAAUCCACCAAUAUCAGAUACAAUGCCUACACCAGCAGCAGCGGCAGCAACACCAGCGGUGCUGGGAACUGCUGCUACUAUUGCAGUUUCCAACACCCCAUCAGCAGCAGCCAUGAAUAUCAAUCGUAAUUUUAUCAACAAUUUAAUGCAAAGCAAUAAUAAUGAUGCUAUGGCGGCAAAUAAUUUAGAUUUACAAUAG